UGACGGCGGCGAGGACGGGGCGGGCGGCGCGGGACGCGGGCGGGUGCGCAGCGCCUCCAGCGUAAGGCUGAAUGCGGACCGCGAGCGGGACGUGGUGCUGCCGCGGGUGCUGAAGGUACCCAUCAAGGAGCGCGCCGCACGGACCUCCUCGGCGGCCCCCGCGGCCCCCGCAGCCCCGAGGGAGGCGGCUCAGGAGGAGGAGAGCCGGCGGGGCAGCGACCGCGUGGUGAUUGAGCGGGAGAGGCGGGCGGGGCGCGCGGACGGCGGGUUCAGCAUGCCGGUGAGCCUGCUGAAGGGCGCCAGGGUGCGCGUCACGCCCAACAAGCAGAGGAUAUCCGCCAUCCUCAGGGAGAAGGAUGUGCUGGAGCUGCAGCGCCAACUGCUCACUACCGUCAUGGAGGCAGAGGUACUAAAGAAGCAAAUUGAGUCAGCCAGUGAGGAGUGGGCAUCCAAGACCUCAGAAUGGGAGUCUGACCACCGCCAUGCCCUUGCAGCUGUCACCAGCCUGAAGGAGGAGAACUCUCGCCUCAAGCAGCAGCUGGAGGCACGUCCUAAGGCACCAGAGAAACGUGACAUUGGGGGUGUGUGCCGCCCCAGUCAUGUUCACCACCAGCACCAUGACAGGUGGCAGCGUGGGGGAGGAGGAGGAGGAUGCCCCGACACACACCGUGCAACGCCGGGCCCAAUGUGAAAUAUGAUGUUGUGGUGCAUGAGGAACGGCGGGGUGAUUCCGGGGCACGUCGGCCAGCUGUCGGGGUGGAGAAGCCGCCCCGUCGCAGCCGAGAGCCCCGGAAUGCCCCCAGUCCAGCACCGCCCCUGAGGGAGACAGCC